UCAACUUGAUAAAGAUCAGUGGUCUGAUCAAAAGUUUGUUGGUGAGCGCUUUAUUUUGUGUACGGAUACAAGGUCUUUAGAUUGUAGCAUAAUGUGUAACGACGCCUCUCCCUCUGCAGUCGUACGCGUUCUGCGGCACGGGGAGUAUGUGGUCCGGGUUCAUCAUGGCGAGCUACGGCCUGUGCAGCGGACUCGCAGCUCUUGUGAUUGGCUACAUCUUACCCCGCGUGGGACGGCUGUGCGUCGUGGCAGUCGGUGCCGUUCUGAAUCUGGCAUUCCUGACCACCCUGCUGUUGUGGACCCCCAAACCCUACCUGUUGCAGAAAGACCUCAGCCACCUGGGUGCGCCGUUCGUCGUCCCGCAGAACAUUGGGGCGUUCUUCGCUGUCGUGGCGGGCUUCGGGGUGUGCGACGCCAUCUGGCAGGUUUUCCUCAACAGCCUGCUGGGGAUCAUGUUCUACCACAAGAGGUCGGAGGUCGCCUUCUCCAACUUCCGUCUCUUCAACAUCCUCGGAAUGUCUCUCGCCUUCUGGUAUAGAGAUGGCUUCUCCGUCCUAGUGAAGAUCUGCCUGCUGAUCGUGACCUUCGUCAUCUCACUGGGUCUGUACGGCUGGUUCGAGUGGAGGUACCGCCGUGUGCAGCAUCCCCAGAACCCCCUGCUAGAUGAGGAUGAUGCGGAGGAUGAGGAGGAUGAUGGAGAAGACCAGGAGGAUGACCUGCGGAACCCCGGCGCGCCAUGGCACCCCGACCCCAACAUCAACUUCGACAACCUCCAACGGGAGGGGGGCGCAGAGGCGGAGCAUCCCGGUGUGGACGAUUUUGAUGAGGAUGACCUUGACGAGGAUGACCUUGAGAACGACCCGAUCGUGGGUCGUGGAGUGAUUAUAGAAGAGGAUGAAGAGGAGCUGCUGAACAGGGGUCACGGGGGCAGGGGUUAUAGGUUAUUUGGGGGCAGAGGUCGGGAUGAUGACAUUGAGGUGUAGGAAGGAGUGUUUAUUAAUAAGUACUUGAACUUCUAAGAAUUCCUGCAGCUGACUUUUAAACUAAGUAUUAAGUCAUCACAAAUGUGCCACAGCAAUGUACAGUCUGUUUAAGGCCUCAACAUGUUAACUUGUUUUCAUAUUUAGAAAAUAAACUGUUUUUGGAGGUAAGACAUAGAGGUAAACAAUAUUCAAAAAGCUGAACAAGAGGAUCAACAUUAAACCAGAUCAACUCUCUCCAGGGGAAGUCUGCAUCUUGUAAACUUAUCAGUACCACUCACACUGGGAGAAAGCCAGAAACAAAACAUGCCGAGUGUCAUUAAUAGUGUAACCUAAACCUUUAACAUACCAGCCUGACUUCAUAUGAGAUAUAUCAUUUUACAACUCAUUAUAUAUUAACUGUCAGGAUGACUUUAAAUUAAUACAUGUCCUGGGAAAAUCCAGUCUAUAUUUAUGUUAAACAUAUUCAUACCAUCAUGGACUUCGUGUCAAUAUGGAACUCAAGUGUUGCAAUGUCCAAAGGUUUGUCUCCUGCUGUUUGUAACAAUGAUAUGACAGUACUUUGGCCAAAACCUGUGUCUUAUAAUGAAUGUGUGCCUCUGGAAUUGUUUAUUUGUACCUAAAACUGAAAAUCAGGGUGUAAAAUGAAUUAGUCAAAUACACAGAUAACACGACAGAGAACCUGAGUUAGCC